UCCAGGCAUAACUUUGGCAUCAGAGGGUACCCGCCUAUGGCCAGUGUUUCCUCUGUUCUCCUGCUGUGCAGGUGCUCCGAGCUCUGCGAAGGUGAACCGGAUUUUUCAUCAACAUUGAUCAUGGCCCCAAAUAUUCGACGGCCUGGAUUGGCGUUCAUGUAUGCCACGUGUAUAGUGACCGGAAUUUAAUACUUGCCGUCGCUCUUAAAAACCAAAACACCUCUCUCUCUCUCUCUCUCUCUCUAAAAGGCUAUUCAAUUCAAAUAUCCAAAUUCCCAUCUGCGAACAUCCCAGAAAAAAAAAAAAAAAAAAAGCUUUUCUGCUCGGGGAUUGAGAUUGAGAAAAAUGAAGAUUUCAACAAUGGAAGCCAGACGCACCAACGUCUCAGAGAUUGUAGACUCAGACGAGGUGGAAGAAGAAGCAGGAGAGGAGAUUGAGUCAGCUCCCCCUUUGAAAAUAGGAGAAGAGAGGGAGAUCCUCAGCUGCCCAGGACUCAAGAAGAAGCUCCUCAAGACCGGCCUUGGCUGGGAGACUCCCGAGCUUGGUGACGAAGUUACCGUUCAUUCUGUGGGCACUUUACCUGAUGGAAGCAAGUGUGAUUCGAGUCGAGACAGGGAGCCUUUCACUUUUAAGCUUGGGCAAGGUGAAAUUGUUACUGGAUUGGAUCAUGGGAUAGUUACUAUGAAAAGGGGGGAGUGUGCAUUAUUCACUAUACCUCCCGAGUUGGGUUAUGGAAGUACCGGUGUGAAUGGCGUUCCGCCUGACUCAGUUCUCCAAUUUGAGGUUGAACUUAUUUCUUGGAUUCGGGUGGUGGAUGUGUGCAAGGAUGGCGGGAUUAUCAAGAAGAUUCUGUCAAAAGGGGAGAGAGAUGAGCAGCCGGGUGAUUUAGAUGAAGUCACAGUGAAAUAUGAAGUGAAGCUGGCUGAUGGGUCGGUUGUUGCUAAAACACCUGAAGAAGGACUUGAGUUUUAUAUCAAAGAUGGUCAUUUCUGUCUGGCAUUGCCAAGGGUUGUUAAGACGAUGAGACGGGGAGAGAAGGUCAUUUUAAUAGUUCAAUCUCAAUAUGCCUUAGGGGAGCAUGGGAGAGAUGCUAAUGAUGGAUUUCCCUCAAUUCCUUCAAAUGCCACAUUAGAUAUUGAUCUUGAAUUGGUAUCCUUCAAGCCUGUCAUUGAUGUUAAUGGAGAUUUGAGUGUCUUGAAGAAGAUUCUGAAGGAGGGUGAAGGCAUACGUAGUCCAAAUGAAGGAGCUGUUAUUCAUGUUAGGUAUACUGCUAUGCUAGAAGACGGCACUAUAUUUGAAAAAAAAGGUUUCAAUGGAGAUGGGCCCUUUGAAUUUGUUGUAGAUGAAGAACAAGUAACUUCUGGGUUAGACCGAGCAGCGGCUACAAUGAAGAAGGGCGAGGUGUCUAUUUUGACAGUUAAACCAGAAUAUGGUUUUGGAAACAUUAAAGUUGAACGGGAUCUUGCAAUUGUUCCUGCAAAUUCAACUCUAAUUUAUCAAGUCGAGAUGGUAGAUUUUAUUCAGGAAAAGGAACCGUUUGAGAUGGGUAGCAAUCACGAAAGAAUUGAUGCAGCUGGUAAGAAGAAAGAAGAAGGAAACAGGCUAUUUAAGAGUGGAAAAUAUAAGCAAGCUGCUAAAAGAUAUGACAAGGCUACAGAUUAUGUUAGUGAGGAUCGAUACUAUGAGGAUAGUGAGCAAAAGCUAGUCAAAUCUUUAAGAGUGUCUUGCUGGCUGAAUAAUGCAGCUAGCAGUCUUAAGCUAAAUGAUUUCCAGGGAGCGAUCAAGCUAUGUUCGAAGGUGUUAGACGUUGAGUCGCACAAUGUGAAAGCAUUGUAUAGACGAGCACAAUCUUAUAUAGAAACUGCAGAUUUGGACUUGGCUGAAUUGGAUAUCAAGAAAGCCCUUGAGGUUGAUCCACAGAACAGGGAGGUGAAAUCAAUACAAAAGACACUGAAACAACAUCAGGCAGAAAGCAAUAAGAGAGAUGCCAAGCUCUACACUAACAUGUUUGCACGGAUGAGAAAGGAGAUGAUGGUAGAAGCAAAGAGAAUGAAGGUUGAGAAAGCUCCGGUAGAGAAGAAAGAAGAGGAUGUUAAGGCAUUGGAUGUGGAAAACCUUGUGGUGAAUGUGGGUUCCACUAACAAUGAAAUGGUGGUGGAUUCCUGUUGAUGAUCACUUGAAAAGUCACCAUCUGAGACGCACAGCUUAGCAUGGUUGGAAAAAAUUAGGCUCCCCAUUAAAGAUCGUCUCAUCAGGUCUUCCACUUGUAUAUAUUGAGUCAAUCUCUUGACUGUCUAUUGUUUGAUCCACCUGCUUCUUGCACUUGGUGAUCAUUAUGAUGGCGCCAAUGUUUUGACGGCUCCAAUGUCAUAUACACGGCACAUGUCGGCUGUCUGUGCCAAGGUAGACCCUUUGAGAUUUAUAUCAUUCCUAAUAUCCAAGAGAUCCAUACAUGGGAUGAUUAGAGCUGUACACGAGUCGAGCUUGGCACAACUCGACUUGGCUUGGUUCGGUCAGCAGCUCAGGCCAGUUCGAGCCAAGUUCGAGCCCGUGUGGCGUUUUCUCAAACACAUGGAGUGCACCUGCAAUUUCUCAUAUUAUGCAAAACAACAGCAGCAAUUUACAGGUAUUUCAUCAAACGCUCAGUUGGCAGCAUCAAAAUCAAGAUACAAGGGUAGUUUUAUCAUGUAAUGUUUUUCUUUUUUUGGUAGUGAUUUGUUUCAUAUCUAUACCUUCCUCACCACCAGCCGAUCCCGCGAAGAAUCUAUGCACCCGAAACAACACUUCGUUGAUUCAUUUCAUCAAACACUUGGUAAGCAACAUCAAUAUCAAAAUAAUCGAGUCACCAAACUGGUUCGAUCUGAGUUCGAUCCGAGUUGAGGUUCGAUCCGAGUCGAUUCGAGCUCGGACAAACUCGAACUCGGCUCGAAAUUUUUUCGAGCUCCAAAAAUCAGCUCAACUAGGCUCAAACUCGAUUUCGAACUGAGUUGAAUGGAGCUUUUUUGAGUCGAGUCAAGCAAGUUAAUCGAGCUAACUCGGUUUGCAUACAGCUUUAAUGAUGAUGGGAGAUGCUCACAUCCAAUCUGUUGGAGGUGACAUACUGACCACCCAGCAGAUAACUUCCAACCUUUCAUAUCCGUGCGACAUCCACCCCAUUGAAUAGGUUGCCCCCACCAUGAGGAUCACCUUAUGCAAAAAUCAACCCCAUCCACUCAUAAGGUGGGUGAUACCAUGGAAAAUAAUUUAGCUGCUAACGAAUAACAAAAUACGAGUAUGGGCGAUGGGCCUGAUUCUUGCACAGGGCGAUCCUCAUGUUGAGCCAACUUAAUGGGUGGGGGUGGAUCUUGCAUGCACUUGAUAGGUUGGGAGUUAUCUGCUAGGUGGACAGUAAUUUAUGUGAACAUUUCUCUACGAUGAUGUCUCAUAUGUAAGAGAUCAAUGCUUCUUCACAACAUAGAAAACCCAGUUUUGUCAUCUAUCCGGCUCUAAGUUGAUUAGAUUGGAUCAAGACUCGGUUU